AUGAAGCCCCAAGCUCGUGCCGGCUCCUACUUCUUCACCGAGCUGAGAGCCGGCCUAGCCACUUUCUUCGCCAUGGCCUAUAUCAUCGCCGUCAAUGCCAACAUCGUAUCCCAAUCCGGCGGUACUUGUGUCUGCCCGCCCGAUAGUCCCGACCUUUGCGACUCAGAUCCGGAGUACAUGCUAUGCGUGCAAGAAGUAAACCGGGAUCUGGUCACCGCCACUGCCGCCAUUUCGGCAUUAACGAGUUUCUGCAUGGGAUUGUUUGCCAACAUGCCCAUUGCGUUGGCUCCCGGCAUGGGCUUGAAUGCAUACUUUACCUAUCAGGUGGUGGGAUACCACGGCUCCGGCCCAGUUCCAUAUCAGAUUGCGGUCACGGCUGUCUUCGUGGAGGGUUUCGUCUUUGUGGGGCUCUCGCUUCUGGGACUCCGGCAGUGGCUGGCUAGGGCGAUUCCCAAAUCCAUCAAACUGGCAACAGGCGUUGGUAUUGGCUUGUACCUGAGCCUGAUCGGACUCACAUACAAUGCCGGCAUCGGCGCCAUCACUGGAGGAACAGCUACUCCGAUCGACAUUGCCGGUUGUUCUCCGGAGUUCUUCCUCGAGGAUGGAACGUGCCCGCCCUCUCAAAGAUUCAGGAAUCCAACCUUCUGGAUCGGUCUCUUCUGUGGAGGCAUGUUCACGGCCAUGCUGCUGAUGUAUCGGGUCAAAGGUGCCAUCAUUGCAGGCAUCCUGCUGGUGUCUAUCAUCUCCUGGCCCCGCACCACGCCCGUCACCUACUUCCCCUACACCCCUCUCGGCAAUAGUAUGUUCGACUUCUUCAAGAACGUCGUUGCCUUCCACCCGAUCCAGCGCACCCUCGUCGUGCAACAAUGGAAUGUUGGCGACUACGGCGGCCAAUUCGGCCUUGCCCUCAUCACAUUUCUCUAUGUCGACAUCUUGGACUGCACCGGCACUCUCUACGCCAUGGCGCGCUUCUGCGGCGCCAUCGACGAACGCACCCAGGACUUCGAAGGCAGCGCCGUGGCCUAUCUCGUCGACGCAUUCGGCAUCUCCAUCGGCUCUCUCUUCGGCUCGCCACCCGUAACCGCGUACAUCGAAUCCGGGGCCGGCAUCUCCGAAGGCGGCAAAACGGGCCUCACCGCCGUCUUCACCGGCCUCUGCUUCUUCAUCGCCAUCUUCUUCGCCCCGAUCUUCGCCUCCAUCCCCCCCUGGGCCACGGGCUGCACCCUCGUCCUCAUCGGCGCCAUGAUGUGCAAAGCCGCCGCGGACAUCAACUGGCGCUACCCCGGCGACGCCAUCCCCGCAUUCGUCACCCUCGCCGUUAUGCCCUUCACCUACAGCAUCGCCUACGGCCUCAUCGCCGGCAUCGUCACCUACAUCAUCCUCAACACCCUCAUCAAGCUCAUCGAGGUCGUGUCGGGAGGUCGGAUCGUGCCCCCGGACAAGGAGACCAAGGAUCCGUGGUCCUACCAUAUUCCCGGCGGCAUUCUCCCUCCCUGGGUGACGCGUGCCGCGCGAGGUAAGAGGGAUUUCUGGCGCCCCGAUGAGGAACACUCCGGUGUGCCGCCGCUGAGGAGUGAGUCCUCUUCGUCGGGGGAUCAGCCGGAGCUGGGGAUGGGAAAGGGGCAGGGGCAGGGGCAAGGGCCGCUUGAUCGGCCACGCGCGGAGAAGAUAGGGUAG